AUGUGGGACGAUAAUGAAAUUUUAGAGGUUGCUGCUGCAUAUGUGAUAAUUCGUGGAAAAACAAAAAUUAAAAACCGCAAAUGCUGGGUUCGACCAACCCUACAAAGCAGAAAUGAAUAUGGAGGAUCACAACUUAUGGCAAGUUUAAUUAAGGAUGAUCAAUUUACUACUGGUUGUCAUUUUUUCAACUUCAUUAGAAUGUCAGUCGAAAAUUUUGAAGAGCUACAUUCUAAAAUUGAACCAAUGAUAAAAAAGAGAGACACCAGCUUCAGAUAUGCUAUACCUUCAAGAGAACGUUUACUAGUAACAUUAAGAUUUUUGGCUACAGGUGAUUCUUAUCAAUCUCUUAUGCUACUUUUCAAAAUUUCCAAGCAAGCCAUUUCCUUGAUAAUACCUGAAGUGUGUAAUGCAAUCAAUGAAACACUCAAAAACCUUGUAAAAGUAUGUAGGUAUAUUAGAACACAAAAUAAAUCAUAA